AUGUAUCAAGUACAGUCGCCAUGCCGCGUUGAAGACGGGCAAUACAUUGCGCAAAGCAAGGUCGCUGCAUUUUGGGAUGAGGCUUGGUGGAGGUUAUCGUGGACAGGCCGAGCUAAGGAAUACAUGAUUCGAGGUAUUACAGACCGAAGUCCAAAGAACCUUCUUACCGACAGAGACGUACGAAGACACCAGAAAGCGGUACACAGUGAGACAGGAGAUAUAGUAGGAUACGCACGAUGGAUUAUGCCAGAGUCGCACAAGGAUUCUUGGCUCGUCGCUCAGACACCAGAUGUGAGCGCCGAACAGCAAGAGAUAUUCGCAAAACGCCACGCAGAGACAGAAUGGGAUCCAAGCCAUGAUAAUGACGAGUUGGAUGAGCACAUGGAUGGGUGGAGGGAGAAAUACAAACACGCCGAUUGCAUGGAACUACAUUACAUCGCUGUUCGUCCGGAGCACCAGAAGAAAGGACUUGCAAGUAUGCUUGUUACAUCUGGUCUUGAAGUGGCAGACCAGUUAGGUAUUGACGUCCUAGUGGUGGCCACCGGUCGACGUGGUCAGGGUCUCUAUUCGAAACAUGGAUUUGAGAUUUUGGAUGAGAAGAGCCAGAGCAUGAGCAAAUUUGGAGUCGAUGAGCUGUAUGAAACUUUCGUCAUGAUGCGUCCAGCUCAGAAAUGA